UGUUCGAUUCGUUGUUUUCUUUUGGUUCCAUCAUCAGCUGAUUCAUUUGAUUUGAUAAUGAUUAAUCGUAUGGUCAUUCCAUUAUUAUCAUUUAAAAUUGGUCUUAAUUUAGUUUUGACAACACUCAAUCAACAAUCACAACGAACAAUGGCUAGUUUUCAAUCGACUAAAGAUAAAUUUCUUUCCAUGGCAAUAAAUGAAAAACGUACACAUUAUAAAUGUGGUGAGAAUUAUGUACAAUUAAAUCAGAUACCAAAAUGGUCUGAACAAUCAAAAUCACAAACAACAUCAGCAACAAUGAAUGUAUGCAAUAAAUAUAAGCCAAUGGCCGAAAUGAAUGAUCGUUUAUCAUUGUUUAAUGGCGAUAUAACAACAUUGGAGAUCGAUGCUAUUGUUAAUGCUGCUAAUCAACAAUUAGCUGGUGGUGGUGGAGGUUAG